AUGAAGGCCACGUUCUUCAUGACCUUCACCAUGGUGGAUGGCUGGGUUGGCAUGGGGGGCGAGGCGCUGCAGCUCUGGUACCUGCUGCUCUUCCAACUCAAGGUGCAAUCCUCUCCCCACACCCCCUUCUCUUUCUGCACUGCCUCCUUAAGUUUCAGUCUUGCCGUCCCCUCCCCCUAUUCCCCCCUUCCCUUGCCCCCAUUCGCUUGCCCCCGUUCCCUUGCCCCCCUGCUCUUACCCCCUUCUCAUGCCUUUCUCUGCCUUCUCUGCCUCCUCCCUCGCUACCCAUCGCAUGAGGAAAACACGAGGAUUAUUUCUCCACUCUUUUCCCCCUCCCCCCCCUCUUCCCCAACCUCCUUAUUCUCCAUUCGUCCCCUGCUUGCCCUCAUCACUGCUCGUGCCACUACUGGGCGGCAGAGUUCACUGCUGGUGCGCACGCCAGCGGACAGGAUAAAGGCCAUGAAGGCACGCCCCAUCCGACUCGUCGACACUAUCUCGCAGGUACCACCUCCCCUUCCCCUUGCGCAGGUACCACCUCCCCUUCCCCUCGCGCAGGUACCACCUCCCCUUCCCCUCGCGCAGGUACCACCUCCUCUUCCCCUCUCGCAUGUAUCACCUCCCCUUCCCCUCUCGCAGGUUCCACCUCCCCUUCUCCUCUCACAACUAUACUUCCUGCUGCCAUUUGUCUACUGUGUCACCAACCCGCUCUACCUGCCCUUCGCCCUCGCCUUCUACAUCCUCGCCUUUGUCAUCUACCGCAACCAGAUAAUCAACGUGUACUGUUCACGGUACGAGAUGGCGGGGGCGUUCUGGCCGCACUUCGAUGCGCGGCUGGUGGCGGCCAUGCUGGUGCAGCAAGUCACGCUGGGCGGCAUCCUCUCGCUCAAGGACGCGCCCUCCCAGGCCUGCUGCCUGCUGCCGCUGCCGUUUGUCACGCUCAUAGUGCACUGGGCGUUCAUCCGCGGCCAGUUCUCCAGCACCUUCUCCAAACUCGCCCUCGAGGAGGCGAAUCGCAAGGACACGAUAGACCGCACGGUGCAUCCCAACGAGGACCCGCACUCCUUCCUGGCACGUGCCUACCUGCACCCCUCGCUGCAGUCCGCCUUCACCAUGCUCGAUGGCGACGAGGAACAGGGCGGCGCAGGCCGUGACGACUCCUCCUCCUCCUCCUCCUCAGAUGAUGAUGAUAAGGACGGGGAUGAGGAAGAGGGCGGCGGGAAGAAGUCGAAGCACGCCGACCGGCACGCGCAAACUCGUCUUGUGCCGGUGAAACGGCAUCCGUUUUCUAGCAGUGCGCAGGCCUCUCCUGCCGUGCCAAACGGUUCGGAUGGGUUGCAAGCGGUGGCGGGCUCAAGCCCUCCUGCACACCUCCGUCCCAGAAGUGUGUCAGACGGGCCUGGGAGUUCGGCUUCAGCUGCUGCAGUUGCCGUGUCUGCAGUGACCUCUGCUGCUGCAGCUGCGGCUUCUGCUGCCUUUGCUGCCGCUCGCAGUGCCGCCAGCAGUGGCGCCGCUGCCUUCAGUGCUGCCAGCUCAGGCCGUGUGGCUGCUGAUGCUGACGCCACCGCCCACACACCCCAUGCCGUUCCACCUGCCAGCCGCGACCGUUCCAGUGAAGCCUCGCCGUACCACUCGUGUGAGCUCGUCUCAGUCAUUGUCGACGGCCCCGAGGACGUUUCCCAGAACGUUCCUCUCGCCACCUCCUCAGCGGCCCGUCCCGACUUCCCUGUGGGGGAUUCGGUGGUGCAGAGGGGAGCAGCAGCAGCCAGUGAGGGGAUGACAGGUGGCAGCCGGGGGGAGAGGAAGCCGUCCCCGCAAACAGCCGGGACAGAACCGCUCUUGGCAGGGGGGGGUGGGGAUCGGGGUGGGGAGAGCAGUGGGAUGGGAAAGGCAGUUGGCGUACCCGUGUUUAGAUUAUGA